ACACUCGUACUGUAUAUAGUACUCGAGUAUAGUAUAUAAAUCAUGCACAUACUUGUAUAUUUCUCAGAGAAUGAUAUCCUUGUCCGUCACUCGCGAAUCGUCAUUUCGAGUGCUUUCCUCUUUUGGGGCCUUUUUCCUUUCUUUUUUUCUUGCUAACUAGUGCUGCUACAGUAACCGGUAACCUAGCGGCUGCAACUGGUAUUAUUAUGAUACUUGUAGACUGCUAUCUCGCAGCAGGAGAUCUCUCCUCUCCUUUCUUCUUCCCCUGCUUUGCCUUGCUCUCCCCUACAAGUAGUCGGCGACUUGUAUCGUAUCGUGUCGUAUCGUGUCGUAUCCUGCAUACCGUAUUGUGCGAAUACUCUGCUGUACAGUAUAUACCCGCCCGCUGCUCGCCUUGCCCGGUACGAUACAGUAGAUCUAAUCUACAAGUAGCAGGGAUGGUACAAUACAAGUACCGUACCGUACUGUAAGGGGUGUGUGCGCGUCUUGGUUGUUUUUUAGAUUUGAUCUCUAUCUAUGUUCCCCCAGUUUGUCCGUAUGUGAAUGCGCUCUCUCUGGAGAUGGUACGGUACUUUUGUUAUUGUUGUUGUCAUUGUUGGUCUUAUUAUCGUUGUUGUUAUUAUUGCUCCGUUUUUUUAUUAUAUCG